AUGGGUAUAACGAACGCGUCGAGUGCCGUCAAGGGCAUCUUCUCCCUCCAUGUCAUCACAGCUUGCGUCUCGUUUCUGCUCUUCCUCGCUGCCUUGGGACUGUUUGCUAAGCAACUCACUGGUAGACGGAGUCAAUCACGGACAGUCAUGAAGGUGUGGCAGUCAACUGGCAAGAGACACAGUGCCACCAGCACCCAAUUCUUCGUCCUAACCGGCCUCUUCUGCCUCAUGCUCGGCUACGCCGCCCAAUCUGCAAUCGUAGCCUUGCAAUCCCGCCUCACCGUCUCCCCCUUCUACAUCACCUCUUCCUACGCCUACCCGCGCUACCCAGGCGUCACAACUUCAACCCCCAACCUACGCUACGGCAGCGCCAUCUCCAUCCUCUCGUUCCUCUACCAAUGCGCUAUGAUUCUCAUGAACGCCAGCAUCGUCGGCGCGAUAUGGAUCUAUGCCAAUCACGUGCACAGCAAUGGGACGCAGCUCCGCGAGCCCGGCAUGCUGAGUAUGGCGCUGAAUCUCUUCUGGAUGGUUGCGAUUCUGGCCUUAGGACUGGCGAGUUGGUCGCUGGGUCUGUAUCGCCGCGGCAGCGGGAGCAGCGCUCUGCCGUAUCCCACGCAAAUCGGGUCUGACUACGUGAUUCGCACGCUGUACGUAACGUACGUAUCCGUUGUGAUUGCGGCGUCGACGAGUGUGACGCUUGAGGCGAUUUUAUGUUGGUUGGGGAUUAAAAAGAAUGGGAUUCCUGGUAACAAGUUCCAGUCACCACUCACCCGCCUCGUAAUGCUCGUUACACCCCUCGUCUGGCUUCGCAACGCCUUCUCCAUCGCCCAACUCAUUGUUCUCUACCGCGACUCGCGCAGCUGGUCGCGCCGCACCACCGAAGCGCUAGCUUUCCUAUUCAUUAUCUUCGGUCAGCUCUGCAACCUCGCUAUCCUUGCCCUACUCCUUCUCGGUGCAAAGAGCUUUGGACAGAAAGACGAGGUGCAGUAUGUCGGUAAGGAGGUGAGGUACAGUGAGAGCGUUGCGGGGAAUAGGGAUAGUGUUAUGGCGGAUAGACAUUACAUUUCUAACAAUGUGAAUGGGACUCCGAAUGGUGAUGGUAGGUCGACGUUUAUGGAUGCGGAUGGAGUUGAGCGGAGGGAGCCGGCGUAUAUGCCGCAUGCUAGUGUUUAA